AUGGAUUUUGUAAGUGGGCUACCCCUAACGCCUUUUAAGAAAGAAUCAGUAUGGGUUAUAGUGGAUCAGUUGACUAAAACUGCCGAUUUUAUACUAGUUCGCACAGAUUAUUCGUUACAGAAACUGGCUAAGUUGUAUGUAUUCGAGAUAGUGAGAUUGCAUGGGGUACCAGUUUCCAUUAUAUCCGACAGAGAUCCUCGCUUCACGUCUCAAUUCUGGAAAAAGUUACGUGAAGCCCUGGGUCCUGAGCUAGUAUCUGAUAUCGAGGAUAAGGUCAGAUUAAUUCGAGAUCGACUGAAGGCAAUGUCAGACAGACAGAAGUCAUAUGCGGUUCUAGAACGUAAGGAAAUUGAGUAUUCUUUAGGAGUCUUUGUCUUUCUAAAGCAAGUAGGAUCGGUUGCCUACCAAUUAGAGUGGAUUCAUGAUGUGUUCUGUGUCUCGAUGCUGAGACACUACAGCUCUGAUCCUAUGCAUGUGAUAUCAGUUGAGGAGAUUGAAGUUAGACCAGAUCUGACUUUCGAGGAGGAACAAGUCUAA